CCAUAACUGGGCCGGAUCUUCAAGCACCAUGGGCGCAGUCAAGUCCAUCUUCCAGGGAAAGGCGAUUCGCGUCAGUUUAGUAUCUAUCCUCGUCACAGUCACGGCCCUCCUUCGCGGUCCUCUGAUGCAACGAGCCUCGAAAAACAUCAUAUUUGAGACCUCCGUAAGGCCAGUUAUGGACGACGAUCUUAUUCAUCACCCCGAUGCCAUCUCUUCAAACAGGUCAAUGAUCCAAAUCACCACAAGACGAAAAACUGAUACUGGAUGCGCCGGUCUGUUUCUUAAUCAUACAUGCAAUCUUAAGCCUGGGGCAGUACAAUACAAUGUGAGUCUUCAGGGAGACAUUGCGACUUUGCAGUCAAAGAGCUGGAAAGGUGACAAAUUUGUAAAGCCUAUUUAUGCGUAUAUGCAGGACCUACACUAUCCAACGGAGAACACCGUGCUUCCCCUUUGGCAACUAGGAACCUCACUCUUCAGCUCCACCUCUUGGAUGCAGUAUGCCUUCAUACACGAUUAUUCAAUGAACUACGAAGGUCUUAUUGCCAACCUGUACGCUGCGAACUGGACCGCCAAUGAAGAUGGCCUGCCAUGCUAUCAAUACUUCAACGAUCCCAUGAAUUAUAUCAUCGACACUUACCGCGAAAUAGCCUUUCGCAUGUCUGUUCGUGCCGCUGCCGGUCCUUCCUACGACUAUCUUGCAGGCCAAAGUAGCAGCGUACAACAACUACCCGAUCUUAUGCAAAAAGGCAUUCCAUAUACACUCCACUCCACCCAAGUACAAUAUGCCGCUGAUCGUCCAGCCCUGGUUCUCGCAGUCAUAGUCAGCCUUGUCGGACCAAUGGCCAUCCUGUUCCUUUUCUGGGGCUGGUGGAAGCUGGGAAGAGAUUUCUCCAUGAGUCCUUUGGAGUUUUCCAAUGCAAUUCUCCAGCAACAACAAGAGAGGCGCACAUCCAGAGCAUUAGGAGAGAACCAACGACUAAUGAACAAUGAUGAUGACUUAGCCGGCGAUGAUAUGGCCAUCCAGGACGAGACAGCCACCGAAAUGACACAAAGGAGUUGUAACAGCGUCAGUGGCAGUGAUAUCGAUCAGGAACAAGGACAACAUUUGGCCAGUGUUUUCGCCGAUUGCAGCGGCAACGCUACAGCUGACGAACUGGCCAAGUAUUUCCGCCAACGCGGCCAAAGGAAGAACUCGAAGGACGGGAAUGAAAACGAAGAGGAAGAAGGAGAGCCGACGAUUCAGUACGGCGUGGUUGAAAGCGGUAUCGGCAAGUACCUUGGUUUUGCAAUGGUGUCCGGCUCUCAGGAGGCUGCUGCUGCUGUACGUCAACCUUGGAAAGGGGAGUUGUUGUAA